AUGGCGCCAUCCCAGAGACCGAGAAAGAAGAUGGUGUCCAGAUGCAACCCGGAUACGGAGCGGGGCACGCUCGUGUUCGACAUCGCCGGCUACAGCCUGCUCAAGGGCAUGCGUGACGGCGAGUUCAUCCGCUCCGCCUCGUUCCCCGUUGGCGGCCUCGACUGGUGCAUCCGGUACUACCCUUGUUUCACUAAGAAAUCUGAAGGUUACAUCUCCAGCUUCCUCGAACUGAUGAGCGAACCAACCGGGACUGGGGUAAUGGCGCGCUUUGACUUGAGGUUGCUCAACCAAGCCACCGGGGUCUCCACGGUUUUGAUAGAUGUGAAGCCAAGGCUGUUCGACAGUGUGAACCCGACCUGGGGAAGUAACAUGUUUAAGAAGAUCAGCGAACUGGAGGCAUCACCGUACCUGCAAAAUGACCGCGUCGUGAUCGAAUGUGACAUCACUGUUGUCUUGGGGACGUCGGCUUCUGCGCUGGAGACAGUUUGUGAGAUCCAAGUUCCACCCUCAGGAUUAUUGGAUGAUCUUAGGAAAUUGCUGGAGGCGGAGAAGAGGACAGACAUCAGAUUCAAGGUUAAAGACCAGGUUUUCGGAGCCCAUAAGAUUGUUCUUGCAAUGCGAUCGCCUGUCUUCGAGGCGGAGCUAUACGGGCCAAUAGCGGAUAAGCAAAGGUGUGCAACAAUUACGGUUGAGGAUAUGCAGCCUGCUGUUUUCAAAGCACUGCUUCACUUCAUCUACACAGAUUCGUUGCCAGCGAUGGAUGAUCUUGAGGAGGAUGACAAGGAAGAAAUGGUCAAGCACUUACUUGUUGCUGCAGACAGGUAUGCCAUGGAAAGAAUGAUAUUGGUAUGUGAGAGCAUCAUUUGCAAGGGACUUCAUGUUGGUAAUGUGGCUAGCAUUUUAGCUCUAGCUGACCAGCAUCACUGCAACAAGCUCAAAGAUGCUUGCAUUGGAUUUAUGAGUUCUCCUAACAAUAAAGAUGAUGUGGUGUCCAGCAAAGGUUAUAAGUACCUCAAGAAAGUAUGCCCUGCUGUCUUUAUGGAUAUAUGGGAGAAACUAAGCAUAGCCUAG